UCUGAAAAACAUCAACCAUAAUUUACCAUUUUCCACGUCACAUUCUGCUCAAAUUCGUUUCACUCAAAUAUUUUUAUCAUCAUAUCCUCAAUUUAUUAUUAUUUUUUUACUAAAAAAUAAAAUAAAAAGUUCUUGGAUAAACCUAUACUUAUACCCAACAGCUUUUGGACCCGCCUCUUCAUCUUCAACCUUCGUUUUUCUGUCCUCCUUUCUUUGAAAUUUCCAAUUUCUACCAAAAAUUCUCAGCUUUUUCUUUUCCCAUUGAUUUUUUCUUUUGAAUUUUGAAUGAUCCAAUAUUCUUGAGAGAAAAAAAAAAGUCUAAGAAAAAUUAGUAGACCUUUAAUUUGUUCCAUUAUUGCACUUUUUGAUCCAAAAGUUCAAGUGGGUCUAACCUUGAAUACCAAAAAAAUCCGAUAAAAGUAACACAAUUUUUUUUCUUGAAUUCUUCAAAAAAAAAAGUAAAAAAAAAUGGCAUCUUCUUCUUGUUCAUUGAAACCUGGUUUAUCUGUUUCUGGUUUUACUGGAAAAACUAUUGCUAAACCCAAAACCACUCAGCAAAAUCCUCAAAUUCAUGACUUCAAAACCACCCAAAAUUUCCCAGAUUUGAGUUGUCAAUUUCUAGGAAAAUCCCUCAUCAUCUCAGAAAAAAAGAAUCAACCACUCUCCCCUGCAAAAUUCUCUGUUCAGGCACAAACAUCAUAUUGUGUAAGCAAAGCAAUGAGAUGGUGGGAGAAGACAUUAAAGCCUAAUAUGAUAGAGAUCCAUUCAGCUCAACACCUUGUUGAUGAACUACAUUCUGCUGGUGAUAGUCUUGUUAUUGUUGAUUUUUACUCUCCUGGUUGUGGUGGUUGCAAAUCACUCCAUCCCAAGAUAUGUCAAUUGGCUGAGUCAAAUCCAGAUGCAAUUUUCCUGAAAGUUAAUUAUGAGGAGCUGAAACCAAUGUGUCAUGCAUUGAAUAUUCAUGUUCUACCUUUCUUUAGGUUUUACAGAGGGGCUGAAGGCCGUGUUUGCAGUUUCAGCUGUACCAUUUCAACUAUUAAGAAAUUUAAAGAUGCGUUGGCUAAGCACAAUACAGAAAGGUAUUGUAGCCUUGGUGAAGCAAAGGGGCUAGAGGAAUCUGAGAUGAUUAAAUUGGCAUCUAUUGGUGAAUUAUCUCUAAAUUCGCCCAUACCGACGUUGGCUAAUAAUGGAUUAUUAGAAGAACUUGUUUUAGAGAAGAUGGAUUUCUCUAAUCCAUUGAAUGUCACACCAAAUAAUGCAAUGUUGGUUACAUAAUUAUUUUUUUAGCUUAAGUUUAUUUUAUUUUUCUUACUUUUUUUAGUUGUAAAUAUUUGUUGGUUUUUUAUAAGUUGGGGGUUCUGGUUUUUUAUUGAUCCCUACAAGUUAGAUUCGAAUGAAAUUAUUUGUCAAUUGUAUUUUUUUUAAUGGAAUUUAUGAUCCAGAUGAAAUGAAAUGGAAAAAAAAAAACAGAUCUAAGAUCAUAUUUUAGGUACCAA